AUGUCUCCAAAAUGCCCAGACAGACUGCUACCAAAGAUCCAAUGGAAGAAUCAGGAUCAAUAUGUUGACUAUGGGAAGAAGCUCAAUCUUAAUCAGAUUGGAGCAACUGUUCCAGCUACUAUUCCAGCUAUAGUUCCUGGUGCUUCAGCAUCCACAAGUGGAGCAUCAAGUGUUGUGGGAAGCACUAACACAUCUUUGCGAUUUGCUCGUACUCAAGGUAAUCAAAUGAUGCAAUUUCCUUUGGGAAUGCAGCUCAUGCAGAUUCCAACUCAAGGUGGCGACACUGUUACUCUUCCUUACUCAAUGAAUGCUAACGUUGAGAUUGCGUUCAGUGGAAUGCAACUUGGCCAUCAAGGACUCGGUGGUGCUCAAGUGCGCCAAGGAUUCAAUGCAACUCAAGCUCGAACUCCGCAGGUCAUGAAGACUGGUUAUUACGAUAUGUCAAAUCUCUUCCACAAUGCUAUCAAGGGAAAGGAUGAGAAUGGCAAUGAUGUCUAUCUUAUUCCAUGUCCUGCUGGUAUGACAAAUAUCGAACUUCAAGCCGAGUGGCACUAUGCUAGUUAA